AUGGCGAAGACAAAGUCGAAAUCCCACCGCUCCAAGCCAUCGGACUCAGUCCUGCGCACCACCUCCGCCCACAUCAAAACCCCCACCACCAAACCCAUCUCGACGCUACUCUCCGAAGCGGCCGACCUGCUUGCACAAUCGCAGCCGGAGUCGGCCCUUCCUCUUGCCACAGAAUCGCUUCGCCGCCUACAAUCCGAGCAGCCGCCGCCUGCCUCUCUUCCUGACGAGACCUACAUAGACAGCCUCCUGCAAAUCGCGGCGCAAGAUAAGCCCACGCUCCCACAAGCCGUCCUCCUCGUUGCGGAGAUCCACCUCGCCCUCGGCGACGCCGCGGCCGCCGCAUCACACUUUGAGGCCGCAGUGCGUCUAGACCCGGACGGUGCGCUUGUGUCUGCAGACCCAUACCUGGAACUGGCGCAGCUGUGCGAAGAGGGCGGCGCAAAGAGCAUUGCAUAUUUUGAGAAAGGGUGCGAGGUGCUACGGAAUAAGAUUGAGGUGCUGUCUGAGAGUUUGAGAGAGGGGUCGCAGCUGGAUGAGGAGGGCGCCAUGAUCGUCAAGCUCAAGCAGGCGAAGUUGGCGGAGGGACUGUGUGGGAUGACCGAGGUGUACAUGACGGAUUUGUCAUUUGAGGAUGAUGCGGAGGUUAAGUGUGAGGGCUAUGUCACGGAAGCAGUCGCAGUGUGUCCGGACGAGCUGGCGGCAGGGACAUUACAGACGCUGGCAAGCGUGAGAAUUAGUCAGGAGAGGUGGGACGAGGCGCGAGAAGCGUUGAGGAGAAGUCUCAACGUUUGGAAAGAUUUGCCGCCAGAGGUGGACAGUGGGAGUCGGCCAGAUUUUCCUACGCGGGUCAGUGCGAGUCGGUUGCUGAUGGAGGCCGGGAUGCUGGAGGAGGCGAUGGGGGUAAUAGAAGGAUUGGUGAAGGACGAUGAUGAGAGUGUGGAGAGCUGGUAUUUGGGUGGGUGGUGCCAGGUAUUGAUUGGAGAGCAAGAAGGCAGCGAGAAGUUACAGGCGAAGGAGAAGGCCAAGACGUGGAUCGCCAACUGCCUGCGAUUGUAUCAGAUUCAAGGCUAUGAAGACGAUCGGUUACGAGACCACGCACUUGAACUGAAGCAGAAUCUCAACAAGGACCUCGGCAUCAACGAUGAUGACGACGAUUGGGAAGACGAGGACGACGAGGCUGAUCUAGAUGGCGAGGUUGAGGUUCUGGAAGACGACGAAGUCAACGGUGGCGCAGCAGAUGGGGACAAAGAUGGUGAUGUGCGUAUGACUUGA